GUGCGUGAGCUCGGCAUUUUUGCGCGUGAAACGGCCUGGCACGCAGCAUUGAGCAUACUGUAUGUAAUAUGCUCACGGCAGUCACAACACAACAACAAGCGGAUACGCAGCAGCCGGAGCAGCGGUCUGCCGUUUUCAGAACCCAGCACGUUUCCACCCAGAGAGUGAGAGCAAAAUAGAAGCAGUAGUAACCUUCACGUAAUCUGUGUGCGUGUGUGUGUAUGUGCAUGUGAUGUCUGUGUGAAUGCAGGUUUUGAUUGCGUUGUGUGAUUAGAAGCAGCAAACACCCACGUAUCAAUUGCUGUCGCUCCCGUGAGGGUCGUUUCACGGCAAAAGAUAUUUCUGUGUGCGUGUCCAAUCUAUUGUUCUAGUGGAGCUUUCCUCCACUGUGGGCGAAAGAAAGCGAGGCAAAGAAGAAAAAAGAAAGGUUUUUGUGUGCGCUAGAGCGGGAGAAGAAGCAAAAAUAAAUUAAUAAAAAGCAGUGAAGUAGUGACAGAGUGAAGCUGUCAAAAGCGAAAAAAGGAAGAAAAACAACAUUCAGCGGAUGGAAAUCAGCAGCAGCAGCAGCAGCAGCAGCAGCAGCUGAGCAGAUUACCAGAGGAAGCUGCUGCAUUCCCCAGUGUUGUAAUCCCAGUAGUGCGGUGUGCAUGGAAAGGAAAGCGCACCCCCGUGCGUUUGUGUGUGCGUGUGCGUCCUAGGUGUGUGCGUGAAUGUGUGUGCGCAUAUGCUUGAAGUAAGAAGCAGUGAGUACGCAUAUGGUCCCUUCGCCCGAAGCUGUAGUUUUGAAGCACAAGAAGCAAACGCGCUGAAAAGAGUGCGCGACAGUACGCGCUUGAGCGAGCGAGAGGGAGCGCGCGAAUAAGCAGCUGCGCCAGAGCAGCAGCAGCAGCAGUAGCGUGGAUGAAAUUUUCGUAAAAGUGUACACAAAGGCAGCGGAACCUCUGGCAGCGCCAGCAAGCGGUUCUUACGGUAUUGUCAUUUCGUUUCGGGCCUCUCGCACACAAUCCGCUGCUAGAUAAGGAGUGUACACAUGCAAAUAAUGAAAAAAAUGUUUCAACAAUAAAAAAAGAGUGAGCGCAAAAAUUGGAAACCGUCGUCCCCCCGUUCCCACAACGGUGUGCGUGUUUAUGUGUGUGUGUGAGAGAGAUUGGGCGUGCGUUUGUGUGCGUGCAUCAAGCGAAAGAGGUGUGAUAUUUGAAGUGCGCGAGUGUGUAUGCGUGUUUGUGUACGUGCUCUCAAGAGGCCGAUAAAGAGAGAGGAAGAGUGGGAAAGAGAGAGCGAGAGCAGUCUAAUCGUUGUCGUCAGCAGCAUGUGCCAUUGCGCUAAAUGUUGCUGUCGGUAUUAAAAAUAAAACCGUGUCAUCUUUGCCCGUGCCCGUGUGUGUCCGUUGAUCGCACAGUUGAUCAUUAAUCCCGCGCGUGUGUAAAAGUGUGCGUGUAAUUUCUCAUUGUGUGUGUGUGUGUGAGUGUGCUGUGUUGUGUGCGCCCACUGUGCUUGCCGCCUGUGCUGAGAUUUUCCAACCAAUGCACCGUGUUGUUGUGCUGCUGGUGAAAAAGUGAGGCGUCCGGCGCUGUUGUUGAAAGAGAGCCAGUAAUCGAAAAGGAACGGUCGCAAUAAUUGUGCAACAACAGCGGUAUCAUCAAGUGCACCACAUUGCGGCAGCACGGCAUCCCCACGGUCCGCCCCCGGCGGUGGUGGCCGCGGACAGGAAUGUGCAGCAAGUUGGCGCCCGAACGCAGCCGCAGCCGUCCUCCAGCCCGCAGCCGACCAGCUCGACUACCAUGGGCAAGUCCAAGUUUCCCGGCAAACCGUCGCGUUUGGUGAACAAGAAGCGCGUCUCGGUCCUGUCGCCGGCCGGGCUCACGUUGAGCGAUGAGGACAAUCAGGAGAACCACGGCCAGCAGCAGCAGCAGCAGGUCCAGUCGGGAGUUGGGAGUGCAACGGGGUCAGUCCUGGCUGCCAGCAGCAACACGCACCGAACGUCGUCGCCUGCCUCGUCCGGGUCGUCCGCAGCAACGGUUUCGAUGCGGUCCAGCAGCAGCAGCAGUAGCAGCGGCGGCAGCGAGAAGCAUUCCGCGUUCGGACAGCGCAAAGAGCAGCAACAACAUUCGUCCGUGUCCGGUGCCGGCCCGAAGGCAACGAAAGGAGGCACAGUGACGAGCAACGGGGGCAGCAGUGGUACAGUGACAGCCGGGUCCGGCCAGUCCUCGGCGACCGCGGAGAAUGGAAGCGGACGAAGGAACGGCACCGACAAACAGACGGCCGGAGCAGCAGCAGCAUCAAAGGAUGGUGGCGCCAGCGAGAACAAUGAAACCGAAAGCGGUGGCGAUGAUAACGAUGACCACAACAAUAAUGGCGAAAACGAGGACGCCGAAGAGGAGGAGGAGGACGACGACGAAGAGGACGACGACGACGAGGACGAUGAUGAGGAGGAUUACGACGAUGAAGAGGAUGACGAGGAGGAGGAGGAAGAGGAGGAGGAUGAGGAGGACGACGAGGACGAGGAGCAGGACGGUGAAGGGCGAAAGAUGCCGCCGCCGGUCGGUGCAGUAGGCACGGCGGGGGACGAGUCAACCGCAACGAGCAGCAGCAGUAGCAGUACUGCAGGGACAGCUGCCGCCGCCACCACCACCAGUGCCACCAGCGGCUCGUCCACUGCAGCAUCGAUCGCUUCCAGUUCGGGCCCCAUUAGCGGCACGAGUGAGGUUAGGUCAGUCGUCGGCAACGGGCAACAGCAGUCGUCAUCGCAGCAGCAACCGACGAUGCAAAGCAGCAGUAGCAGCGCCCGAAGCGAGAAGCUGCCAGCGACCGGAAAUGGUUUCGAAAUGAAACCAUCCACCCUGACGUCGGCGCUGGCCCGCCGGUGCCCGCCCGGUGUGGCUUCCGGUCGAGUCAGCCGGCAGCAGUCGCCGGCGUCCUGCGACCAAACGCUCAACACAAGCACCAGUAGCGAAAGCAGCAACACAAGCAGUAGCAGUAGCAGCAGCAGCAGCAGCAGUCUAAGUCCCACCAUCGGCAGUACUGCGUCGUUGGGUCGCUCGCAGAAGGCGGAAGUAUCGUCGUCGGCCGAGCAGCAGGGAGCAGCGAUAGCCGACGGAAGCACCGACUCCUCGCAGGCAACCGCCGCGACACUAAUGGUUGGCGCGAAGCUACCAACGAGCGCUUCCGCCGCCCAGUCGCCACCGGGCACGGUCGCAGCAGCACCACCGGUGAAGAAGAAAAGUGUCACGUUUCACACCACGCUCGAGACGACGGACGAGAACAUCGUGCGGAAGGUGUACAACCCGGACACGGUUCCGCUGCCAUCGAUCAUCAAGAAGGAGUGUCUCGCCCGGCCGAUCCGGCUGAAGAAGAGCUUCAACCGGAAGAUGAAGAAGCGACUGCAGCGGGCGGUGGCGGCGGCGGCCGCUGCCGCAGCGGCCAGUGCGGCCGUCUCCGCGUCGGCCGGCGCGUCCGGUGCGAGCAAAGCGGUGGAAUGUCUGGUGCGCCCGUCCCGGCUGACGGAGAUCGUGCAAAAGUCGUCGUCGGGCGGCAAGCCGGCAGUAUCCGGUGCUGCGUUGGCGAGCUCACUGGACAGCAAGCCCGGCUGCGGCUCGGUCGGUGGCCUUGGCUUUGGGCUGAAGGUGACCGAGGGGCCGAAACCGGGUGGCGUUUGCUCCUUCGGAGCGUUGGUUGAACCGGCACCACUGGUAUCGCCAGCAGCAGCAGCAGCGGCGACGACGACGACGACGGUGGCCACAGAAGGGGGCGAACUGACGAGCAACCGUAACCUCGAAAGCGGAGGCACCCAGUUCGGUGACAAGCGGUUCAUUCUGCCGAAGCGGAGCGUUCAUUCUAGUCGUGUGAUAAAGCCGAACAAACGGUUUCUGGACGAGUUUGAGUUGGAGAUUAAGAAGAAGAACAAAAACCUGGCUGCGGCGGCUGCCAUUGCGGCUGCAGCUGCGGCCGCCGGUACGGGUUCCGCUUUGGGCUGCGGUGCCGCUGGAAUGGCCCCGAACUCCUCCUCCACCACGGCAGCCGGUCUGGGAGCGUUGGGCAAACCGGCCGGCGGAGAGCUGGCAGCUGCUGCUGGAGACGGAAACGAAGGCGACGGUGUGGCCGGAGACGAUACAAGGCGAAGAAAGGACAAGAAGAAGCUCGAUGAAUUGACGGCAGGAUCGUCCGACAAACUUUUAGCUACAGCGCAUCAUCACAGCCCGGAGGGAAGCCCGGCCGGCGACCGUCCACUUAUGACGCCCAUCAGUAUUAACCCAUUCGCGAAGACAUCACUCUCGGACGGUACGCUUGCGGGCGCGGGCACGAAAAGCGCCGGCUCGAAGCUCAUGAAACCAUCGCAACUUUCGCCGGCGAUCGGGCCCGGCUCGGUGCUCGGUGCGGCCGGCAGCGCCACCACCACGACCACGAAUCUCGCGGCGGCCGCCUCCAUCUUCGGCAAGGGCAUCCUGCGCCAGCCACGGUUGCAGUUUGCCACGUCGCUGCUCAACAGCGCCGGUCACAGCAUCGGAGGCAUGAAUGGUGCCGCCGCGGCCGCCGCCACCCUAAACAGUAUUACUUCCUCCAAUUCCCACGCUCUUCACGCUGUGCCGUCGGGCACGAACAACUCGGUGGUGACGGCAUCAACAGCAGCAGCAUCGGCAACCCUCGGAUCAAGCAACGGCGCGACCGAAGGAUUGUUUACAAUGCAUCUGAAAGCGAAGGCAAAGCUCGACUCCUCGAAGCUGUUCUCGGCGGCGCUCGGUGUUGGCGCGGCCGCCGGUGUUGCCGGCCAGCCGGGUACGGGCGGCUCCGCCGGUGCGGCACCCUGCUGCAUCUGCGGCAUCCCGGUGAACUCGCGCCACUACGCGCAGCCGACGAAGAAGUACGGCGUCAGCUGCUGCGACGUGUGCCGCAAGUUCAUCUCGAAGAUGGUGAAAAAGCUGGCCACCGGGAGCCUGAUCGGCCCGGGGCAGCCGGCCGGUGGGGCGGACGUUACAAUGCUCAAGUGCAAAAACGAGGGCAAGUGUCUGAUCGUCCCACCGUCGCAGCUGAUGCGGCCGGAGGCAGUGAAAACGCGCCACAUCUUCAAGGAGCGGUGCCACGCGUGCUGGCUGCGCAAGUGUCUCGGCAGCUUCCAGCUACCGCCCGUGCUGAAGAUCCGGCUGGGCCAGACGCUGCCGCUGACGAUGCGCACGUUCGAGCCGCCGGCCAGCGGAACGCCGGCCGGCUGCCCGAUCACGCUCAAAAAGGAUCCGUCGACGGAGGGCAACCUGUUCGCGAACAGCAUCGCCGAGCACGGGCCAGCGAACGGUGGGACCGCCGGGCGCAUCCUGUGGAACAGUGGCGACCGGAAGCCGGGCACGCUGACGGACGGUUUCAGCAAAGCGUUCAAUCCCUUCCUGGCGCUGCACAUCAAUCCGCUGUCGCAGAACAACAGCACGUUUGGCAGCGUGCCGCAGAUCAAGCUGUCGCUUGGGGGAGGCGAACGGAGCGGCCUGAUGGCGGCGAGCCCGAGCAGUUCGUCCGGCGCCAGCUCGUCCGGCGGCAAGAGUCCGCUGUCCGGCAAGGAGGACAUCUUCGCGCCGAUCGAACCGAGGAAGGAGAAGGACGGCGUUAAGGUUGAGGAUACUAAAUCGGUGCUGGCGGCAGACGGUGUUGCUGCCGGCGCUCGAAAGGACAUCAAGGAGGAGCAGGAGAUCAGCCCCAUUAAGGCACCGCGCACGCGCAGCAAAUCCGAAGCGAACGGCACGGACGCAGCAACAGCAGCCACGGCAACAGCAGCGCUCGAAACGAAGGCGGAAGCAUCCACCGCUUCCUCAGUGGCUGCCAACGGCUCGACGCAACAGCCUACGGCUGCCGGUGGCAGUGCUGCUGCCGGUUCGCAACCGGCGACCGGCCCGAACAAGGGUGCCGCGUCCGACCGGCAGCGCAUCGAUCUGAAGGGCCCGCGGGUGAAGCACGUGUGCCGCAGCGCGUCGAUCGUGCUCGGCCAACCGCUGGCCACGUUCGCCGACGAUGGUUCGGUCGGGUCGCCCAGCGGUGGUGCGCUGGAAAACAUCGAAACACCGCCGAGCGAUAGUGCGGCCGAACCGGCCGAAGAUCUGCCGCUGAUGGACCGGGAACGACGGGCCACGAAGACGGCGGUGCCGUCGGGCGUCAAGCCCCAGGAUUGCAACGAUUGUAUCGAUCCGGGCGUAGCGCUGUCGCCGCCCGCGACACCGGACGAUGAUGCGGAGACAGUGCGAGGCACACCGACCAAGAGCGAUCGAUUCGAUCCGGACACGAGCGGAUCGACGGAGAAGGAGCUGGUGAUCGACGAAGACAAGCUGCCGGAUGGGGCCGAGGCAAAGGAAGAACAGCUUGCCGAUGCUGAAUCGAUUGUUAGUGAUUUGAAGGCGCAAAUUGGCGAGAGUGUUGCCAAUACCAUCGUGGCGACGGAAGCGAUGCCCGCAAAGGAGGAUCAAAUGAUGAAACCACUUGCCGUGGCAAUUCCUGCCGCACCGGUGGCAAAGCGGUACGACGAGAGUGUGGAAAAGCCGACCACACGCAAGACGACCAGCUCAUUCCGCCCGCAAGCCUCGAAGCAGUUCGGCGUCGGUGCAAUCGCGAAAGGUCCCUCGAACAUCAGCGGCCGGAAGCAGCAACAAUCCCAAGGCUCCUCCGCACUGGUCGCCCUUGGCGGGCGCAAUGCAGCCGCCUCGAUGGGCGUCGGAGCGAACGGCGGCCUGGGGGCUGGCUCAAACCUACGCACCCCGAGCGAUGUGCCGAUGAUGUCGAUCGACUUCUGGGAAAACUACGACCCGGCCGAGGUUAGCCGCACCGGGUUCGGGCUGAUACUGUCCGAGUCGAUGCCGGUCCGUGCGCUCUGCUUUCUCUGCGGCAGUGCCGGGCUGGAGAGUAUGCUGUUCUGCGUGUGCUGCUGCGAACCGUACCAUCAGUACUGCGUGAAGGACGAGUACAAUCUGCGCACCGGCACGGGCACGGGCCUGGACGAUACCGGCAACAUGAGCCUGCUGGACGUGACGCUCGGUGCGUCGCCCCAGCAGCAGCAGGAGCAGCUGCUGAUCGCCCGGUACAACUGGAUGUGCCCUCGGUGCACGGUGUGCUUCAGCUGCAACAUGGCGACGGGCGCGAAGGUAAAGUGUCAGAAGUGCGCCAAGCACUAUCACACCACCUGUCUCGGGACGAGCAAGCGGCUGCACGGUGCCGACCGGCCCCUGAUCUGUGCCGCCUGUCUGCGCUGCAAGAGCUGCGGCACCACGAACGUGACGAAGUUUAUCGGCAACCUGCCGAUGUGUACGCCCUGCUUCCGGUUGCGCCAGAAGGGCAACUACUGCCCGCUCUGCCAGAAGUGCUACGAGGACAACGAUUUCGACCUGAAGAUGAUGGAGUGCGGCGACUGCCGCCGGUGGGUGCACGCGCGCUGCGAGGGACUGACGGACGAGCAGUACAACAUGCUGAGCGUGCUGCCGGAGAACAUUGAGUUUGUGUGCAAGAAGUGCACGAAGCACAGCAGCGAUAGCACGGCCCACCUGUGGCGUGACGCGGUUGCGGCUGAGUUUAAGGCCGGUCUGCUGAGCGUCGUGAAGCUGCUGAGCAAAAGCCGCCAGGCGUGUGCGCUGCUGAAGCUGAGCCCGCGCAAAAAGUCGCCCAACUGUACGUGCGGUGCUGCGGCCGGCUCGAUCACGAACGGGAAGCAGAUUUCGUUCUUCACCGCUGGGCCGCUUGGAGAGGGCGGAUUUUCCGCCUCGAAGAAGCCGAAGCUGGACGAAGACUCCAUCUACGACUUUAGCAGCGAGAACAGCUGCGGCAGCAGCAGCGGAAACAGCAACACCGGCGCAGGCUACGCCGUGGUGCCGGUGGCAAGCAGUAAGUGCUACUGCGCCGGACGUCAGGCAAUGCCGGGCAAGGGUUCGCCGAACGGGGGCGACAUCAGUCUGGUCGACAUCAAGCAGAAGAUCAACGCCAACGAGUACUACUCGCUGCAGGAUUUCCACUAUGACAUGAACCUGCUGCUGCAGGUCGUCGGCUCGGAGGAGCUGACGGUGGCGUACAAGGAGUUCCUGAGCGAAACGUUCCCGUGGUUCCAGAACGAAACGAAGGCGUGCACCGAUGCGCUCGAGGAGGCGAUGCGCGGCGAGGUGGAUCAAGCGAACGGGCUGGAUCAGUACCACCACUCGUCGGCCGGGGCCGGUGGAAUGGGCGGUCGGGUCGGUGGGCACACUGGCGCAGCUCAUCUGGCUGGCGGUGCGUACGAAGCGUUCGGACCCGCGCUCGACCAGAAAGUGCCGCAGAUCGACAUCCCGCUGGACGAGCUGACGGAUUACUUCCACGACACGGAGGAGGAGCUGCUCGACACGCGGAUGUGCAUGCUGUGCAAGCAGCACGGCGAAGGGAUGCCGCUGCACGAAUCGCGCCUGCUGUACUGUGGCCAGAACAACUGGGUGCACACCAACUGUGCGCUCUGGUCGGCGGAGGUGUUCGAGGAGAUCGACGGCUCGCUGCAGAACGUGCAUUCGGCGGCGUCGCGCGGCCGCAUGAUCAAGUGCUGCCACUGCGGCGUAAAGGGUGCCACCGUCGGGUGCAAUGUGAAGAACUGUGGCGAGCACUACCACUUCCCGUGCGCCCGCCGCAUCGGGUGCGUGUUCAUGCUGGACAAAACGGUGUACUGUGCGGCCCACGCGGGCGAGGCGAAGAAGAAGCGCUGCCCGGAGGAGCGCCACUUUGAGAUUGCGCGCUCGGUGUACGUGGAGCUGGACCGGCGGAAGAAGCGGUUCGUCGAGCCGGCCCGGGUACAGUUCAUGAUCGGUUCGCUGAACGUGCGCCGGCUGGGCCACGUGGUGCCGACGUUCAGCGACCACGCGGACGUACUCAUCCCGACGGACUUUGAGUGCACGCGGCUCUACUGGUCGGCCAAGGAGCCGUGGAAGAUCGUAUCGUACCGCAUCAAAACGUCGAUCCAGUGCAACAACUACGGGUACGGGACCGAUCUGGGCAAGAACUUUACCGUCGAUCACUCGUCGCACAGCAGUACGGUGCAGUGGGGCCUCACACAGAUUGCCCGCUGGCACACCAGCCUGCAGUACAGCGAUGGGCAGGACGAGGCGGAGUUCGAUGCGCAGGAGGAGAGCGAAGCACUGCAGCAGCAUCUGCUCUCGUCUAUGUCCUCAACGGCCACGACGAUGACCACUACGACAGCCACGACGCAGUUGCGCAGUUGCGACCGGGGCUCAUCGGUGAAGCAGCAGCAGCAGCAGCAGCAGCAACUGCAAUCGCUCUGCGAGUCGAAUCCCGGCGUGUGCGGCGACGAUACGAACGACGAGGAGCCGCAAAACACGAACGAUCUGCUGCCGCCGGAAAUUAAGGACGCAAUCUUCGAGGACCUGCCGCACGACAUCCUGGACGGCAUCUCGAUGCUCGACAUCCUGCCCAAGCUGAUGACGUACGAGGAUCUGCUCGCGAUGGAUCUGAAAACCGAUGCCACCUUCAACGUGGACAUACUGAAGGAUCCGAACGGGCUGCUGCAGGUGCACAGCAAUGUGGCUGGCUCGUCCUCGUCCUCGUCGGGUGCUGCUGCGUCGAACGCUCUCGGGCAGCCCUCCAAGCCAGAGGAUCAUGCCGGCAUGGAUGUGGACGAUAUGGUUAGCCUGCAGGAAGCGAUCGGCGGUGCCGUCGGUUCGGAGCUGAGCAACGACAGCUGGGCGAAAACGAUCGGCACACCCGGCAUCGAGGACGCCCUGCUGUCCAGCAUGACGAAGCCGAACGCCACCAGCAACGGUGCGUCAGCAAGCGGACCCGGACAGCAGCAGCAGCAGCAUCGGGAGCUGAAGCGUAGCAAAUCGGACCUGCUGGAAGCGAUCGCAGCGGUCGGUAGCCAUCAGCAGCCGCGCGGCCAACGGUCGGGCAGCUUCUCCUGGAGCACCAAGCAGCUCGAAUCGACGGCGGCCGUCGUGGCGAAGCGUCGCAAGAUCGGUAAAAACAACAUCAAACUGUCGGACGUACUUUCGCUGGGAAGAAUCAAGGAUGAUGCGGCCUUUGGCGGCACGCUGUCAACGACGACCACGACCACCACGACGACGGCCACACUGGCGACUGCAACGACCACCACCACCACCGUCGUGAUGCAGCAGGAGCGGCGCAAAUCGCAGGACGAAUACUCCUGGGCCGCGAUGAAAAAGUCAACGACCGUGCUGGAAAGCGCGUCGUCGGCGGAGAGUGGCCACGUGUUCCAGAAGCUGAAAAUAUCCCAGCUGGACGGUGUGGACGACAUCUGUCUCGAUGGGACGGUGGGCGAGAUGAAGAUUUACUCGUCGCGCUCGAUGAUCGAGGCACCGGUCAAGUGUGACCGCUGCCAGGCGACGUACCGCAAUCAGGAAUCGUAUCAGCGCCAUCUCAGCUCGUGCGAAGUGCUCUCGACCAGCGAAUCCGAGUCGGAAACUCGAUCGCCUCGCCUGCUGAGUCCCGAACAGCAACAACAACAACAACAACAACAGCAACAACAGCAACAGCAAAUUAUCACCGGCCAGAUCGCGGGCACUGCCGGCAAUACGUUCCUUCUGCCGCAGGCCACAAACCAACCGCAAACGAUCACAACCGACAUCUACGGCAACACGACGGGCUACCUGACCGGCACGGCGCAAGGUGCCGGCCACCCGCAAACCAUCUCCGUGCUGCAGACCGGCCAAACGAUCAAUCUCGGCAACGGCAAUCAGGCGAUACUGUCCAACCUGCCCACCUCGAUGCCGAUCACGAUCAACCAGCUGUCGUCGAACGGCAUCCCGAUCCAAACGUCAGCGGCCGGGGCGCAGCAAAUCCCGCUCCAGGGCACGGUUGGGUUGCAAAAUCUGGCAGGCAACAUGAUCAUCUCCGGCCCGAACGGCCAGGGGCAACUGUUCGCCACCACGAACCAGUUCCCCAACGCCACCUUCCAGCAGCAGUCGCAGCCGCAGCAACAGCAGCUCCUGCAGGACAACGGGUCGCAGCAGUACGUGCAGAGCAAGCAGCGAUUCAUUCAGCCGGCUCCGACCGCUUCGCCGAUCACGUUGCCCCACAGCCUUGCGUCAGGCGCGGGCCCCAUGUCAACCACGACGCUCAGCACCGCCCAACCGCUCGGCAGUGUGUUCGCCCAGCAGCCGCAGAUCAUCUCGAUCGGACCGAACGGGCAGCCGCAGCUGAUGACGCUCGCCGCUCCACAGCAGCAGCAGCAGCAAACGAUCCUGCAGACGGGCGGCGCUCAGCAGCUGACAAUGCAGCCGACAGCGAAGAAGAUUGUCUACACUACCGCCUCGCCGAAGAAGAUGAUGAGUAAGCUGGGCCAGCAAGGCGCACUGAAAACGAAACGUGCGAUGGCAUCAAACGGUGUGGCCAAGUCGGCGAUGCAGAUGAAGGCCAAACAGCAACAGCAGCAGCAGCAGCACCAACAGCAGCAGCACCAACAGCACCAUCUCCAUCAACCGCAAGAGCAAACGAUGACGCUACAUCCCACCUUGCUCGGUGGCCAGACGAUUGCUACACCUCAGCAGCAGCAGCAACAGCAACAGCAGCAACAACAGCAAAUCCAGCUGAUCAACGCAUCCUACCCGCUGAUCCGAUCGGGAAACGCACCACAGCAAGCGCCGGGAAACAUCAUCUUCCAGACCCAGCCGUCCGCCAACCAGCCCAUCCUGGUGCAGCAGGUCGGCGGCAAUCAGAUCUCGUACCUCUCCGACCAGGGCACGCUCACGCACAGCCCGGUCCAGUACCAGCUGGCCCCGGCGAACGUGCUCACGCAGAACGGGUUCGCCAUGGCCACGGCCGGUACGGAUGCGGGCACGCUCGCCGCCGCCGCCAACAACAUUCUCAUCCCGAACGGUACCGGCGGCUACUCGCUCAUCCCGGCGAGCGCGCUGCAGAUCGCCACCCAGCCGCAGGUAAUUGGCACGAUCGUGCAACCCCAAGCAGCUACCCUCCAGUGCGGCAUGAUGGCGGCGGAGCAGAUGGUGCUGGGUGCGCCGGGCGGUGCGACCGCCACCGCCCAGCCGACGCUCGAGAUGAUGGUGACCGAUCCGGCGUCGGGCUGCAUGUACCUGACCAGCCCCUCGAUGUACUACGGCCUGGAGACGAUCGUGCAGAACACGGUGCAGAUGUCCUCGCAGCAGUUCGUGUCCGCCACGGCGAUGCAAGGUGUGUUGAGUCAGAAUUCAAGCUUUUCCGCUACUACGACGCAAGUGUUUGCGGCUAGCAAGAUUGAACCGAUUGUCGAAAUGCCCGCAGGGUACGUGGUGCUGAACAACGACGGCACCGCCCAGCCGAUGCAGAUAGGAACGACGUCGACGGCGUCCGUCGUGUCGCAGGCCCCGGUCCAGAUCCAGACGUCCACCAGCGCGAACGGCGGGCAGCCGAUCUUCCAGCAGGCGCAGGCUCCACUCCAACCGACCACAGUAGUAUCGUCGAUGGCCGGCACGCUCCCCAGCACGAUGCAGACGAGCCACCAGCCGAUGGGAACGAUCCAGCAGCAGCAGCAGCAGCAGCAGCAACAGCAGCAGCAAAUGUGGAAGAUCGAUGUGUCCUCCCCGUCGGCAAUGAGUAUUCAACCGAGUACAAACACAAUUGCCAGCAGCAGCUCGACCGGCGCCACUACCUCGAUCGUAACGCCGCUGAAACCGUCGAUGAAAACGAUCGUGCCCAAGGCUCAGCCGCAGCUCGUCAACAAGGUCAUGCCGAACACGGCCAUGAAGGUGCUGAGCAGCAGCACGGAGCAGAUCACUACCAGCAGCGGCGCGGUGUCGACAUCCCAGCAGCACAAAUCGUCCGCUGCCGCGUACCAGUCGAUCGUCUCGUCGUCGGUCUACACGACGGCCACCGCCAUGACCACCUCCACCAAGGUUUCGAACGUGAUCAAACCGAUCACCAAGACGACCAACUACACCAAACCGAAGAUCGUGGCCAAGCCGGUCAAGCAGAAGAGCUCGUCCACGGCCUCAUCGCUGCUUUCGCCGCCACCAUCGACGCCGCCACCGACCUCAAUGUUCCAGCUGGCCCCACAAAAUCAGCAGCAGCAGCAACAGGCGCCCCAAUCACUGAUGAUCACGACGCAACCAGUGGCGCAGCAGCAGCAGCAACAGCUACUACAGAACAGCAUCACCCUGAUACCGGCCGGCAAUGCUAUCGCCUCGGUAGUGAACAACUCAUCCCAGCUGGUACCGAUCAAGCCGAACGUGGGCGUGAACGGGCUGCCGACCAUCACCGCCAACCAGCUCACCGUGAGCGCGAUCAAGCAGCAGCCGUCGAUGGUGAUCGAGAAGCUGGCGCAACCGCCGGUAGCAUCGCCCACAGCGCCAGCACCGAGCGGCGGUCCGAUGAUGAUUAUUCAGCCGACAAGCGCAGCGCACAAGAAGCCACAGCACGGCAACACGCAGGGCGCUAUGAAAAAGCAGAAAACCAUGCUGCCGACGCAGAUGAUCAGCUACGCGACGCCCCAACAGCAAGCCCAGUCGGGGCAGCAGCAACCGUACCAGCAGGUAAUGAGCGUGUCCACCGGCAGCCAGCAGCAAUUGGCCGGACUUGCCCAGCAGCAACAGCAGCAGCAGCUGCAAGCUCAACCCAUCACCAUCACGCAGGGUAAAGGGUCGCUGGCGAAAAAGUCCGCCAGUGCGGGGCAGAUCACGCUGUCGAUUGCCAACACCGGCCCGAACGGUGGCAGCGGCCCAGUGCCGGUUUCGAUGCCGGCCUCCACCAUCACGAUCACGCCCUCGCCGCCGGCCAGCAUAACGCUGCCAACCGCACCGUACCCGAUGCCGCUCUACUCCAACAUUCCCACCAACGUGGUGAACCCGAUACAGCAGCAGACGAACAGUCAGGGCAGCGGCGCCGGCGCGACGAUUGCGUCCGGCGGCAACACGGUGCAAAACCGGCCCACCAAUCGCGUCCUGCCGAUGCAGGCCUCCGUACUGCAGCAGAAAGCGCCGGAAGUGUCGCAAACGCCGCCACCGCCACCCCUGAAGCUGCUGCAGCAGCAGUGCUCGGAGAAGCUGGACGAGUUUUCCAUCAUGCCCAGCAACCAUCCGGCGCAGUCGCCGUACGGUGUGUCGACGCCGAGCGCCUCCCCGAACGAUGUGGACCGGAUGAAGCUGGCGGGCCAGGAGGAGAAGCUGCUGCCGUCGGCCGGCAAACCGAACAGCCGGCUCGAGAUCGAGAUCAAGCCGAUCGAAAUUGCGCCGCUCCCGUCGGCACUGAUGACGCCGACCACGACGAACGGUAGUUGUACACCUUCGCCGCUGCCGCCAGCCAUGCAGCAGCAGCAGCAACAGGACUCCUCACCGAUGGUAUCGCUAGCGCAAGCAGAAGAGCAGGCGAACAGUAUGCUCAUGGAGAUGGAAGAGCAGACUGAGCAGCUACAGCAGCAGCAGCAGCAGGACCAUCUCCAGCAGUCGCACGAACCACUGACACCGAGCUUCCAGUUCAGUCUCAGCUUCGAUGGCAACGGUACGCUGAUCCCGCUAGGCGGUGGACCGCUCGAUCCGCAGCAGCCCACCAUGGCGGCGCAAAUCGAAAUCAAGCCGAUUCUCCCGCCGACGACCGACGGGCUGCAAUCCCCGCAGCAGCAAACGACGACGCUGAUGUCGCACGAUUCGCUCGAGGUCGCGGAGCGGCGGGACACGGAGGAAACGCAACGCAUCGACGAGCUGAAGCAUUCGCUCGAGGCGGAAACGCAGGAGAUGCUGGCCGAGGGCCACGAAGCGUCGCUGUGCGGGGACAGCGGGGCCGGCGGUAGCUGUGGCGCGGCGUCACCGUCCCUGAACGACGGUGAGUCCGAUUCGCCCGAGAUCAAGCAUAAGAUUUCGGAAAUUCUGGACAAUCUCGAGCAGCAGACGAGCCAGGAAGGGGAGCAGCUGCAGAUGGACGCGUUCGAGAGCCUGCGGCAAUCGAAGGAGCUGCAGCAGGAACAUCACCAUCAUCAUCAUCAUCAUCACCGUGCAAUCGAAACGGAUGCGGAGUGUGCGGCCGAAACGGAGCGGCUGGUGGCGGAGCUGCGGGAAGAGUUCCAGAGCUCGGCGGCGUCCUCGCCAUCGCUAGCGACGACCGCCACGACCGUACCGCUGAUGACGGUCGUCGAGCAGCAAUCGAACGAAACUGGUGCCGCCGGCGGCGGUACGCUUGCCGAUCAGCAAUCGCUGCUUGCCAUCUCGAGCAGCAUGUUCGAGCCGAAGAUGAAGCCGGACGAGGCCGGCUGCUUCCGGGACGUGGUGGAGCGGUCGAGCUUUGGCGGGUGCGGGCCGGCGGCGCACGAUUUCGACAGCGUCGCGCUGCUGCACGGUGGCGAUGCGGAGAGCGUGCUUUUCGGCAAGAUCCGGCAGCCAGAACCAUCGCCGAUGUCGCAACCGUCGCCGACCGAGCACCACCACCAGCAGAUGCAGCUGGACGAGGAGCUGCAGCAGUACACCUCGGUGCAGCAGCUACCGCCCCAACCGUCGGUGCAAACGGCAGCAGCCGCACCGAAGCCACAGGCAGUGCCGCGCCCAACCAGUCCGAAGCUGCUGUACGAGAUACAGUCGCAGGACGGGUUCACGUACAAGUCGACCUCGAUCGCAGAAAUCUGGGACAAGCUGUUCGAGGCGGUACAGCUCGCACGGCGUGCCCACGGCCUUGCCGCACUGCCGGACGGUCAGCUGAAGGAGAUGGCCGGCGUGCAGAUGCUCGGGCUGAAAACGAACGCCAUUCGGUAUCUGCUCGAACAGCUGCCCGGGGUGGAGAAGUGCUCGCAGUACAGUCCGCUGUACCACAAAAAGCAGACCGGUGGCAUCGGCGGCGGCCCGUACGGUGCGGGUGGAGCUGGCGCCGGAGUGAACGGCUUGGGGGCGAAUGGUGGAGCGUCCGAGUAUGCGGACUACUUCGAGGAUCUGCAGGAGAACCCGUACGGUACGGCACGGUGUGAGCCGUACGGUACGCGCUCGGAGUACGACAUGUUCAGCUGGCUGGCGUCUCGGCACCGCAAGCAACCGAUGCCGAUCGUGGCCCAGAACAUCGACGAUACGAUCAUUCCAAGACGUGGCAGCGGCAGCAACCUGCCGAUGGCAAUGCGCUAUCGCACGCUGAAGGAAUCGUCCAAGGAGUCGGUCGGCGUCUAUCGGUCGCACAUACACGGUCGUGGACUGUUCUGCAACCGUGACAUUGAAGCAGGCGAGAUGGUGAUCGAGUACGCCGGUGAGCUGAUCCGCUCCACGCUGACGGACAAGCGCGAACGGUACUACGAUAGCCGCGGCAUCGGUUGCUACAUGUUCAAGAUUGAUGAGAACUUUGUCGUCGAUGCGACGAUGCGUGGCAAUGCGGCCCGCUUCAUCAAUCAUUCGUGCGAGCCAAACUGUUACUCGAAGGUGGUGGACAUACUGGGCCACAAGCACAUCAUCAUCUUUGCCCUGCGGCGCAUCGUGCAGGGCGAGGAGCUUACCUACGACUACAAGUUCCCCUUCGAGGACGUUAAAAUUCCGUGCUCGUGCGGUUCGAAAAAGUGUCGCAAAUAUCUCAACUAACAUCCAGCAGCCCAAUUAGACCCCAAACAUGCUAGCCCAUCGGUGUAGCAGCCCCGUGAAGAGCGAUGGAGGAGAACACACACAAACUGUACAGACCGGCCCCCAUCAGUGUUAGGCAAUUCGAGAGGACGAACACUUUGUCUCACUCGCACGUCCCCAUCCCCAGUUAUUAUUAGCCAUACAAAGAAAAUGGAAGCAACAGUGUUUGUGUGUGUAUGUAAAUGUAUAAGUCAACAUGGAGCAACUCCAGCAGAAGAGUCACCGAUAGACGGUCACUAUCGCCAGCUAGCGAGCUAGAGAGAGAGAGAGAAACGUAGAAGGAAAGUGUUAACACUCUAGUUUCGCCACUAGCCAGUGUCUGUAUUUGUAUGUGUGUAGAUGUGUGUAUGUGUGUUUUAUGUAAUUAGCCGUUAAGCUGUUAAAAGGAUAUGUGUAGAUACUUUUACCUUAAAUGUGUACAUGUAUAAGUCUUAAACCGCGUGGCAGGGCGAGCCCGGCACCGUUAUUGUCGCUUGUGGUCGCCCGACCCAUCAGAGUGUAUACCCUGUACCAUACUAUUGUAGCUGUAUAUGAUGGGCACGUUCCGUGCGUGCCCGUAUGUUUGCGUGUUUCUUUGUGUGUGUGUAUGUGUGUAAAAUUAAUCGUUAUAAGUAUUUAUAUUGAACCCUGUAGGCGUAAGGAAAUGUUUUAAACGUUUUUUUUCCGCGUGUUGGUUUGGGUGGGAGAAGAACAACUGUAUCCAGUGUGUCUCCUCUUCCUGCUCGUCGUGCAUGUCUGUGCAGGCGAAACAAAAACAAAGUCACUUCGUCGUAUGCUAAGCCAAGCGCCCACCCACCAACCCCGUGCGUACUCAGUAUCAAACACGGGGGGAGUGCAUUUUACCACCAUUUGAAGCUCCAAGUUAGGUUGAAUUGUAAAGUAAAAGUCACAGGCGAGUCACAGGCGGGGACGGAAAGCGGAUGGAUGGAGGCCAUAUCAGCGCUAUUUUUAUUGAGCUGUCGGUGCAAUGCUGUAACACUGAUAUCAGCAGCAUGCGAUGGAACCCUUUUAAAACAAACAAUUCGAAACGCAUCUCCACACAACGUCACUGGCGUGACGUGGCGAACACAUUUUAAAAGACGAAACUCACACAUAAAAUCACAUCAAAAUCCAAAAAAAAAAACACUAGUAGAUCGGUGUAUCGGUGUGUCGUUUACUCCCAUUAACAAAGAAAUGCUCACAAUAUAUUAGCAAAAAUCAAACCUCUACUGUAGUAUAUUCGCAGUGCAGUAGCAGCGGGUUAUCAUUAGGGCAGUGUUGGGGGAACUGUUUGAGGAUCAAUAUAGACAACUCCGUCAGUUUUGUGUACAGAGAAAAAUGUAGAAGAAGACAAAAAAAACCUAACCAUGCUACUACUACUAGUACUAUUGCUACUUCUACUAAUAGCUGUAAUAACCCGCAGGACAAUAGGCGAACUAAACGAUUAAAUUGCCAUUUGAACCACAUGAUCAAAACAUUUAAAAGAAAUCCGUGAAAUCUCUAAUCCCGCAAACGCGCUCCCCAUUCCUCCGCUGGCAUCAGUAUCAGAAGUAAGCAAACAUCACAACUACUUUUAUCGUAAUACAUUAAAUGGGCAGAUGAAAAAAGAAACGGGCGGAACAGUUAAUGGCGAAUGUUUCCCAAUGGCCCAUGGCCCGGUAACGGAGACUCACUCCGCGACCGCGACGGGUGGUAUAAGAAUCCUUUAAAACUGAUCUUGCCAUUUCGUUGUGAAUCAAAUGAACUGUGUGUAGUAAUGUUAUAAUCUUUAAGCGUAGCAGAAAACGAAGAAACGGUAGAAGGAAGUGAAGAAAUCUCAUCCAACAAGUGGAUGUGAAUGUGGCAAAAGCAUUAAAUGUUUCACUCAGCUAAGCGAUAGUAAGCGAAUUCAGUAGCGAAUGGUGGUGAAUAUGCAGUUGUUUUUAACAAACGGUUUCUGACCAUUUCACAACCAACACACACACACGAAUCGGGCAGAGGUGUGUCAAAUAACAAAACAGGAAUGAAAUUAAUAAUCAGAUCAAAAGAAACGUUUUAAAACACGGCCCAAUGUGUCGCCGCAUGUUUCCGCAAAUUCUCAUCAUUUUAAGCUCAUCUUUACCACAUCUUUCUAAAGGUGGGUAAAACGGACAGGAAGGAAACAAGUGGAUAACGAUGAAAAAUUGUGCAAACAUUUUAGCAAACUCGAUCAAAGAACAAAACACGAAACAAAUCAAACAUACACAGAGACAGACGCGCGUGAAAUGAAUGUAAAAGUAAGAAACAAAACAAAAGAAAGAAAAAAAAGCAACAACAGUCACCAAACAUUGUGAGAAAAAGCUGUGACGAUCACGGCUCACGAAAGAGGGAGGGAAAGGAAAGGCAAAAAAAGAAAAGAAAAACAAGGCAAGGAUAGAAGGAAAAGAAAGUAAGUAAUCAACAGGCAACAACAACAAAAAAACGGUGAAAGUGAAAACAAAUGUGAUACUAACGGGAAAAAAAGAAACUAUUUGCGACAAGUAAUUUAAUUUAAUCUUAGUGUAGGCAUCAGUUAGGAAGGCAAACCCCCCGCUAAAACAAACGAGUAAAAUACGGAAUGGCGUGUGUAGUCACAGGAAGAACGCAAGAGAAAGACAGAGAGAGAGAGAGGAGGAAAGCAAAAGAGAAAAAAUACAACACUCAACAUUACAGACACAUAAAAACAGACCCCUUUUGCUGUUUAGUCGUGUAAGGGAAUAGUAAAAUCAAGCAGAAGAUUGCAGCCAGAUAGGUGCAAACCAGAUAUGUUAAAACAAUGGGCAACAUUAUCUCCGCAAUCCCGAAAUGAAAUGCGCGCAAAUUUGAUAACAAAGUCAUCCCUUCAUUAUUUCACCGCUGCACGAUCAUCAACUUCUCAUCUACUCUACUUACUCAGUUUGUUUUACCAGUGUGCGUUUUUUGUUUUGUUUUCGCAAAACAACCCUCCCCCCAGAACCAGAAUUUGCUCAGUGAAUGUUCAGUGUUUUUUUGUUUUGUUUUGUUUGGUUUUACCGCAGUUUUUGGCUUUUUACCGUACAAUAAAACUCUGUGUAGUACUCUCUGUGCUGUUGUUUACCGAAAUAGAUAGACAAAAGUGUAACAUGUAACGAACAGACUUGAGAGGGAAGUAGUAAGUCUCUGCCUGUGCCAGCCAGUGCAGGAAGAAACAGGCCGACGCGUAAAGUAAACUAUAGAAUUGAAACAAAAAAGCAAAACACACACAACACAUAGAAUAAAACUAAACAACAAUAAUCCGAGCGGGAAAAAUAGCAAACAAGAUGUACCAUAACGUGCGCAGCGUAAGUUUAAGUUUGAAGUAAUCAUUUCUUUCUGAAGUAUUAUUAUAUGUUGGGAUAAAAAUAAAAAUAUAUCAACGAUGGAAACAAUUAA